UUUGAGGGAGAAGAGGGCGAGCAGUGGCAGUAGCCCGAUAACAGUGGCUGAAGGAGUGUGAGGGAAGUUGUGUCGGCCCGCUCCACCGCCGUCUCUCCGGUCGCUCAGUGACGUGACUUUAAACUUAUGGUUCUUUUUGUAUUUCCUUCACGUUUCUCUUGAAAAGCAAACAGUUAACAAAAAGAUGAAAACGCGAAUUGUGUUUUGCAGCUCAGGUACUCGAGUGAUUUGCAAACAAUGAUAUAUGAAACAUGAUAUGAAGAAAUAUAAUGUGGGAAUGUUUUGGAAAAGUGGAUAAGAUCUUGACAGUAGCAAGGUGGAGAGCAGUCCGUGUCACGUGCUCUGCCUAGUAAAUGGUCGGCGGCAUCCCGUGGCACCUUAGCCUCUGCGAUGAGUGGUGGUGAACAGGACACUGCCCGACCACGAGGCACCUAACCAACAUAGAGAAAAACCCUUUGGCGCAGCGCGGAGAGUUGACAGUAAGGCAACCCAUGAACCAAAUACAUUACCAGAACAAGUAGUAUAGCGUUAUUACGUCUGUCGGUAACCAGUGACAUAAAGUGAAAAAGUGACAUUACCAACUAGAGUAAAGCCGUGAUAUUACUAGGACUACAAGAAUAUCCAAGUAACAGACACCAGCGACAGAAGAACAGUGGUAUUAUGAACGCAAGAAAAGACUCAAAAAGCGCUCAACGUUAGGGAGAAUUUCCAGACAGUCAAUAUCUCAAGGAUCUCGACCGACGUCAAGAAACUCAUAGCAUCCAAGUAAGCGGCUCCAGCACCUGAACACCAACCAACCAGUUUUCUUCCCUCGUUAGUCCCGCUGUUGAGUCCCUUCGUCCCUUUCUUGCCGCCUACGUCAAUUACCACGACAAGCUCCUAAUAAGCCUCGGAGAAUUUUUUACCUUUUCCCUCUCAAGUUUUCUUCCACUACCGUAAUCCUUCCCUCUUCUUCACUCCUCUAUCUUCACCCGUUUUUCUCCCCACCUUCCUCUUCCUCUUCCUCCUCCUCCUUUUCCUCCUCCUCCUCCUCCUCCUCCUCGUUUUCAGUGCCCGUGUCCUCUAUCUUAUUCUUUUAUUUUACAUUCUUUUGAAGCAGUUGUCUUUUAUCUCUCUCUUUCUCUCUUUUCCUUUUCUUUCUUUCUUUCUUUCUUUCGAACGUUUCGUGUGCAGUGUUUCGUUUCAGACUAUUUUGUUUUCCAUUUCAUAUGUUUCGUUUUUUCAAAGUAUUUUCUUGUACCUGUUUUCUUUAAAAUCCUACCCCUCUUUAUCCCCAUUCUCUCUCUCUCUCUCUCUCUCUCUCUCUCUCUCUCUCUCUCUCUCUCUCUCUAAUACCUUUUCUAUUUCGUCUUACUUUCUUUUCCUGACCACCAAGACAUCCUUUCAUCAUUUUCUUUCGUAAGCUCAAUCCGUAGCUUCCCAACACACCGCACUCGCUCCGCUCUUACUUCCUUUCUUUUCCUUCUUUAUUUUAUUUCUUCUGCUAUUCUUCUGCUGCUAACAAAUUGCUUCCCUCCACCCACCUCCUCCCUCAGUAGUGUUUUCUUCUCUCUGUUUUGCCUCUCCCACACACCUACGUUCCUUUCUCCUCUUUACAAAGGUCUUUUCUCCACUCCAUCCCGUCCUCCUCCACCGAGCCCCGCCCUCCGCUAUGCUCCGAGGCACACCCUGGAUACCGGCGCUCCUUCUGGACACCCUGCUCUCCGUUUUGUCCGUCGUGGGCGAGGCCUCGGGAGGCUUCACGCUCGAGCAGGGCAUCCCACACUUCAAUACCAAGCCCUACUUUCUCCCUCCUCCCGCCCGCAACGUGACGGCGCUGGAAGGACAGUCCGCCUACCUGCACUGCCGCGUCGCCCAGCUCGGGGAUAAGAAGGUGUCGUGGAUAAGGCGGCGAGACCUUCACGUGCUGACGUCCGGAGUGCACACCUUCGCCUCUGACCAGCGAUUCCUUGCUCUGCACGCCGACCGUUCCGAAAACUGGACUCUGCAGAUCCGGUUCAGCCAGGUGAGGGACUCCGGCGAAUACCAGUGCCAGGUGAACACAGACCCGCGAAUAUCCAUGCUCUUCACGCUCACUGUCCUGGAGGCCGCCACACUGAUGGAUGGCUCUGACCAGCGCUACGUGAGGGCAGGAAGCAACAUCAAACUCACCUGCAGCACCUCCAUCGCCUCCCAGCCGCCAGGACUCCUCUACUGGUAUCGGGACGCGGAGAUCCUGCAGCACGGAGGACGCAUCAAUAUCAGCACAAGCCUCGAGGAUGAGACCAUCAGUAGACUCCUCGUGCGCGGCGCCUCCGUUAGCGACUCGGGCAACUACACGUGCUGGCCCACCAAGUUUCUACCGGCCUCCGUCAUGGUGCACGUGAUACCAGAGGAGAAUGCGGCGGCCAAGAGUCACAGCACAGCGAGCAACGGCGGCAGCAGCUCCAGCACCUCUAAAAGCGUCACAGCAGCGGCCUCUUCCACAGCACCAAACAGCCUCCUGCUCCCCCUGCUGCCAUUCCUGCUCAUGCUCCUUCUGUCCACCACCACGGCGACCGAAGGCAACACCCCCACACCUACCACCACUACCACCACCACCACCACCUCCAGCACCACCAUUCCAACCAUCACUAUUCCAAGUCUUGCAGCAACCACCACCACUAACACCACCGUCACCACCACAACCACCUCCAACAUCACCAGCAUGCGAGACCAGCUGAUAAGACGGGAAGUGCCGGAGAGAUAGUUAUAUGAG